UAAUGUCAACAAGACAGAGCCUCGCCUCUAGCAAUUUUUGACGUUUAGUUAUUAAAAAACAUAUUAUUUGAUUAAUUUUCUUAGUUUGUUUUUAAAAUUAUAUGUAAUGUAAUCGAGGGACUAUAAUUCACAUAACUGACAGUGAAUAAUUAUCAAACUACGUUUCUAAACAUUAUUUGUGUAUUGAAAACUUUGGUGUUGGUUUUAAAGAUGUCUUUAGACCGAUAAUAAUAGUUCCUGCCAAUAUGACAUCAGCAGAUACAGUUUCAAUAUGCUCAGAAGCGUCGACGCUUAUAGACGGUAGCGUGAUAUCUACAGUACCAGAUCGUCACGGAUUUUUGGGUGGCGCUCAAUAUUCUCCCGAACCUAGAAACGGUCCUCCUGCCGAAACCGUAUUACGAAGAGAAAGGAAAUGGUUGAAAAUGCUAUCACAAUGGAAUUUUUACAUGGAAAAUAAUUAUAGAAAAGUUAAGGAGAGAUGUAGGAAAGGUAUACCACAGUCUAUGAGACCUAGAGCUUGGUUAUACCUAUGUGGAGGUAAAGUUUUAUUGGACAAAGAGCCUAGCAAAUAUGAAGAGUGUUUGAGAGCAGAAGCAGAUACGAAAUCCAUAGAGGAUAUAAAGAAAGAUAUUCAUAGGCAGUUUCCACUUCAUGAGAUGUUUUCUUCUGAAGAUAAACCAGGUCAACAAGAAUUAUUUAACGUAUUGAAAGCGUAUACCGUCCAUUUUCCCGAUAUUGGUUAUUGUCAAGCACAGGCACCAGUGGCAGCUUUCCUUUUAAUGCACAUGCCUGCAGUAGAAGCAUUCUGGUGUCUAGUAUCUAUAUCUAACAAAUACUUGGAGAAUUAUUAUUCGCCCUCUAUGGACGUAGUACAAAGGGAUGGGUUGAUAUUACAGGGUUUGUUAAAGAAAGUGUGUCCACCAGUUUAUAGACAUUUAAAAAAAGUAAACGCCGAACCGAUGUUUUAUUGUACGGAAUGGUUUUUAUGCGCGUUCACUAGGACUUUACCUUGGGACACUCUCUUGAGGGUAUGGGACGUUUUUCUAUGUGAAGGCGUCAAAGUUCUUUUCAAAACUUCUUUAGUUAUCCUCAUUGGUUGUUUAGGUACUCCUAAAAGUAGAAGACAAUGCCCAGGACUUUGUGAAACGUUAGCUAGGAUACGAAAUCCUCCUGAAAGUAUUUUAGCGGAGGAAAAUCUUAUUUAUAAUAUAAAUAGACUCGAUAUAACCGAAAGGGAUUUUCAAGAGCAGCACCAAAAACAAACGAAACGAUUGAGGAUUGAAAAAGCCAAUGCAGAAACUACACCUCCGAUGAUAAAGUGAGGUAAUAUCAUCUAUACAACCAAUAAUGGACGCAUCAGUAUUUUUCGUGUCGAAAUUGAUCGACAUAAUAAAACAAAUCUUGUACCUAUAUCUACUUACUAUUUGAAAAUUCAAAGAAAAUCGUCUUUGUAUAUUUCGAGUGAUACAUAUUUUUUAAACGCUUACUAGUAAAUUCGUAUCUAAGAAAUCUAAUAUCGAAAUGUACUUUACAAACAGUUUAGAUAAUUCCCUUAAACACAAAACUUAAUAUAUUAUUUUUUUUCAUUCGGAAUCUUUGAAGUUUUAGGGAUAUCAUAUUCCAGCUCUUGUCGACACUUAGUUUGUGCCAUUUCUUCAUUCUAUGGUACUUCUGCACACAUAGUUUCACUCAAUUCAUUUCUUAGAGCUCAUAGUGUAGCUAAAAUUAUUUAAAAUUAAACUGUUUCUUGUGAUCUAUAGAACUAAAUAGACUUUUCAACUUUUUGUGGUAUCUUACUAGAUUUCUUUUAAAAUCUGAUACUUAACCUAACCUAAUUGAAUAUUAAGCAUUUGAAGGAAAUCUUUGCUUUACCGACUUCUCUUUUAUUUUGUCCAGCUCUUGUUUAGUCUGUUUUUAUUUUUCCCAAUUGAAUUCUAAACCAUUUUGGAACUCAUCUGGUUAUGCUAUUUUAUUUUUAAUUCGGUACUGGUUUAAUCUCCUUAUCACUACUCUAUCCAAUCACUUCUUGGAGGACAAGGUAGUGAACUAAAGUCCGUUGAAGAUCCUAUGAUUGUAAUAAAAAUUCAAAUGAAAAGUCUCUUCCAUUAGAGGCAUUAUUGUUGUUUUUUUGUGAAAUAAUCUGGAGGUUUUUCUAAAAUUCUACUAGGCUUUUCGAACUUUAUACAUUAGAUUUCUCUUUUAUUUUAUCCUGUUCUUUCGUAUUCGGUUUUUAUUUUGCCCAAUUUAAUUCUAAACCACCUUUGAAUAUACCUAGUUGUGCUAUUGUUUUAAAUAUAGUACUGGUUUAAUUUGCUCUACCCAGUUUGUAUGUAUGGAUUUUGGAGUAUUGUAUACACUGCGAACUAAAAAAAUCUGUUAUGUCCCCUUUUCUAGCCGCGAUACUGGGGAACCCCCAGCUUAUCAGUAAAACCUACUCCCUUUGAAAAGUACAGAAUGUGGGAUUGCUGUAGAUGCCAGAGAUCUUCGUCUUCUAUUUCCUAGUGUGUUUCACACUUUGAAAGAAUGUGAAUAGAAGUUUCCAUCUCUGUAUAACAAAAUCUGCACGCCACAUUAUCUAGCGUCUUCAGGUGACAGUGCUCCGAUAGGACAUCUGUUAAUGUUCGUACAUCAUUCUUACUCAAAAGAGUCUUUGCCUGUCUUAAUCCCUAUAGGUUGUAGCAAUAAUUGGUUUUGCUCCUACCCAGCUUCAUUUUUUAAAUAUUUAUCACUUCUUGAAGGAGAAUAUAGUCAACUAAAGUCGAUUUAAAAUCCAUUUACUGUGAUAAAAGCUUGUGUAAAAAGUAUUUCAUCAAAUAUAUUUGCAUUGGAAAAUUGAGUUUUUCCUGAAUCCUACCAAAUUCUUACCAACCUUGUACAUUAGAUUACUCUUGCUCAGUCUUUUUUUAGUUCUCCAAUUCACAGAUUUUUUUUUCUUUCUUCAUUUGCACAAUAUACUUUUAUUGAAUAAUAAAUGUCUUGUGUCAGUUAUUGGUCAUUAACAAGUUCUUUUACAUAUCUUCAGUUUUUUUAAUCUCCUUCAUUGCAGUGGAGGUUGAAAAAAAUGUUGAUUAGUUGGUUACUAUUGUUUCCACACAACUCUUUAUAUUUGUUUGCGUUGGCCCCAAUGUUAAUGUUAAUGGUAUAUUUAGCUCAUUGCAAUUGGUUAAACUUGAUACAUACUAUAAAGCAGCAUUCACAGAGUUCUGGACUGAAUUUAUUUUGUGUUUGAAGUCUUGCUACAUCCCCAGGACUCGAUUCCGUAUGUCCAUACAAGGGUAAAUAGGUCUAUUAACCAAAACAUAUUUUUUAUCUGGUUUUAUUUUUACUGUGCGUUCCAGUAAGUCUUCGAUCUAAAUAUUUCACUUCAUCUUUCACUAUUAUUAAUGGAAAUUUGGGGACAGUUGCUAUUUAUUUGUGUUUACUUGUAUAAUAUUCUGAUGCUUGAGUCGAUGAAAUCACUGCAAACGUUACUACGAGUGUCCUAGGAGUGGAUGGUAUGUCAGUUGGGAAGAGUAUUUACAAGAACUGCCCUGGUGUACACCCGAUUUUAUUUCAUGAUAGUCUGAUGGUUCUACCUCUCGAAUUUAACUUUUAAGUGUAUAUCUUCUAUGUAGGAUUAGAUAUACUUGAUAGUGUAGGUAUUAUUUGAUUUUGUAGAGAAGCCCUUUGUGUCGUAAUCUAUGGAAUACCUGUUUUAUAUGCAAGGAAACUAUAGUGCACAUUUCCUUUUCUUCCACAAGUUGUGCUAUAUUUUAAUCCUCAAUAUCCCUAUUUUACCCAUAUUCUCAUUUAGUAAAUAUCACAAUUGUCAUAUAGUGAACUAAAGUCAUUUCAUUAAAAUAAACAGACUGAAAUACCCUAAAGUUUUUUGUAGUGUUUUACCAUAUUGUAAAGUACAUUUUAUCAUCGAAAUUUUCUAUUUUCCCAAUACUCUUGUGCAACUAUUACGAGAUUUGAAAAUUUUAUUUAUGAAAAAACAAAUAUUUUUAUUUUAUACUUGUUGGAAAUUAUUUAUUUUGGUGUUUAAAGAAUAUGCCAACUGAUAUUGUUUACAGUAGUUUUUGUUUCCAAUUUCGUUUUGUAUUUUAAUAUUUUUUAUGAAAUAUGGCGAAAUCUUGAAAUAAAAAAUGUAUGUGCAAUGUUUAUACACUAGUGAGCAAAAAAUCGAUUCUAGUAGCACGUUCACGACGAAAAGUCUAUAGCAAUAUUUGGUGUUCACUCUGCUGCCCCUAAUAACAACUUCCAAUCGCUUUUUCAUGUAUCCUAUAAGUUCUUUUUGUUCGACGUUAUCCCAUACUUCAGUGAGCGUCGUUUUUAAGUCCAAUUUCGUGACAAGUGCAGAAUUUUCUAGCUCGAACUUUUCUUCUUAAGGUCUUCCCAUAAAUGCUCCAUAAGAUUUAAGACCGGGCUACGCGCUGGCCAGUUCUACAUCCGUACGGAACUUGCAGUAUGUAAACGGGCAUUGUUCUGCAUUAGAAUAAAAUUUUCGCCGAUUGAACCUUCGUAGGGAACGAUGUGAUUCCCUAAAAUUUUUUCUAUGUAUCGGCUCGCUGCCAGUUUCAAAAAAAACCAACUCGAUUUGUGCUUCCAUUGAAAUGUCCGUCCAAACAUCCUUCAAAAGUCAUGUUUUCUUUUCUGCAACACUGCUCGAAUCUAUCUCCAGGUCUCCUUCUUUCCCUACCAUGCAGGGACAUUCUACUUUUGUCUUAGAAGAGAACAGAGCCCCAUUGUUCGUUAGUCUUCUCUGGAAGGCUAUUUGGUGUCAGUAGCUGGCCUUAAAUCUUCUUCUUACUGUCCAUCAACUCUUUGCGUUUGUCUGAGCUCUUGUUGGUUGAACUUGAACCUUUUUCUUCACGAACUGCGACUUCUAUUAAAGUUAUCACUCUCUUGGUAGCAAUGGUAAAAUUUGGAAACAGCCAGACUGUCUCAAUUUCAGCGCGCUAGCCACUUCUGGUUGACUCUGGCCUUGGCUCAAUAGAAAGACCGCUUCAGCUGCUUUAUCACUUGUUGUGUCAAUUUUCAGGUAGAAUUCUUGUUUUUUUUUAUGUGUAUCGGUUGAAGUUUAAUGGUUAACUGAUAAUUUUGGUUCAGAUAUAUGAUCUUUUAUAAGGGUCAUUUACCCCUAAUUAGCGCAAGCAUGAAAAGGAUGGUUACCAAUCAUACUGAUACCAUUAGUUCCAAGAUUUAACUGAGAAAAAUACAAUUUCGUGUACAGUUUUUUUGCUAAUGACUUGCGAUUACAGAGGUGUCGCCUGAAUCGAUUUUUUUUGUUCACGAAUAUAUAAUUAUAUUUUUUUAAAGAGGUAGAAAGUAUUUUUACACACAAAAUUUUUUAAGAGGUGAUUAUUUUGUUGGUAUAUCAUUGAAAUCUUUUUUUAAAAUUAAUUAAUUAAAAUUGUGAGCACAAAAUUUUUUAAAAUACCCAAAAUGUAAUUUUUUCAUUCUUGGUUUGAAUACUUCCUAGAACAUUUAAAAAAACAUAGUUUUUUUUUUAAAUUCAUUCGUUUUCAAUUAAAAAAUAAGAGAUUCAAAAGAAGUGAUUAUUUUCAAAAAUUUUGUCUCUUUAAAAUUGUUGAUUGGCUAAGGGGUAAAAAAGCACUAGUGAUCAUAUAGAACUUUUCUGUUCCCUUUGUUUGUUAAUAUUUCACACCAUAAGUUAUUUUGUUUCGAGAACCUGUUUAUUAUUUUGAAAAACAGUAUUUUUUCUUGUUAGUCCAUAUUUUAUAGUUAGUUUUUUGUAUUAAUUAAUUAAGAUGUUAUUCGUAUUUACACAAAUUCAAAUUAUUGCACUUUUUGUUAAUAACAACUUCCAGGUGAGAUUAUUUUUUUUUCUUCUAUGUAUAUGUUGUUUAAAUCGGUAUUAAAAUGCUCUGUAGAUUAUGUAAAUAUAAAUUAAAAUUUAAUAUAUUAUACAACAAAGUCUCAAAAA